UACUUACUUGGAUUCUCAGCAGCACUCGCAAUUCUCUCUUGACGCGCCAUUUGUCAACAACAGAGAUCGACCGCCAUGCAGCUACGCGUAUCAGCAGCUCCACAAUUCCCCUGCGAUACAUUGUUUGCCACUCAGGGCAACCGACGCUUUGAAAGAAAGCAGUCAGGGCUUUGUCCCUGCCAGCGCUUUGAUAUGGGCGGUAUAAAGACUGCAGUUACCAUCUAGAACCAAUCUCAGUUCGUGUCGUCAAAACCGAUUAGAGCUGAGACAAGCUGCCCAUCGCGCUCGAAUGCAUGGUUCAAGACAUCACCUCCGUCCAUACCACGGGCCAAGCCACUUCCUGGCACAGAAUUUGCCCCUGUGUCUCCACCUCGUAUUAUCCUGACCGUACCAACGCCAGAGAAACCUCGGAAACGUAGCCCUGCACCUCUCCCCCAUCUCCUUGGACCUUUCUAUGUGCCUCGACCACCUACUCCCACACGACGUGGCUCAUCGACUGUCGCUGCGACAUCAUCCCCUUCCACGGGUGCCAUUUGUCUGAGCAUACCAUCGCCGGAAACGUGGAGCACGACCAAGAACGUCCAGCGCGUGCCCGACUGGACAUUGUACGCAGAUCUUGACAAGCCACCUGUUUGGUCCAUUCCUCAAGACGAAUGGGAGCGGGCCAAAUCCAUGCCACUGGGUAUUACGCGUGCAGGUCUGGCACAGGAUACUGGACCGCAUGUCAUCUCGGCCUUGCCCCUGCAGGAGCGCAAUGUUUCUCGUCCAUUCGGGACUCAGCCGCCGUUGUCUCCUACUCAGCCCAUGGUAAACGCAUUUCCCCAUGUUCCAGAAUCUUGGGAGAUGUUCGCCCAACUGCAGCGGAGUCGGCUGGCUUGCGGGGACAUGCAUGGUGUCGCCUUUGCUCUCGUUGCCCGUGCAGUCUCGAAUCCGAGCGAAGCGCAUCGCGUCGCGGCUUUGGCAACCAAGCUUUCGGGAAUUCCGCUGUGCGGGGUGCGGGAAUGGUAUGCGCUGCUGGGGAUGCAUGUCCUGAAGAAGUUUAUGAUGGACUUUCGGAACCUAUCCAAGAUAUCAUCCGUGACCCAGGUCGAGGCCGGGAUGAGUCUGACCGCGUUCAUUGGCGCAUUGUAUCACUACGUGAUCCUGGAUGGGAAGGAGGUCUACAACGUGCUCAAGGAGCUGCUCUUCCCGCCAAACACUGGCAACAUCACACCUCAGACUGUGCGAUUGAGAGGUGUGCAUGUGCUUAUCUCGCACAGUAUUCCCCGAAUCGCGGAAUCAGCGGACUAUCAUGAAGUCAGAUAUCUCCUUGGCAAGGCUGGUUUCUACUCCUUAUUCAGUGCCUUGAUGUGGGCUGACGGAGAGGAUCGAGCACUUAUCGAGGCCGUUGUUACAACUCUGAGAGACUUGCGAAAAUCAAGAGCAGAGUAAAUUGAGGUUGGGCGUCGUUUCUGUAGUAUCAUCAUUCGUAUCGCAACUGUACUUCGGCUCAUCUCCGCAUCAAUAUGAUGUUAGCGAGGACAUGGCCUGUCCUGUUUCCCAUGCUGCUUCCUUCACAACCACCAACUUCUUUUGACCGAGACGAGGACGAGUGACGCGUAGGAACGAAUCCUCCAAGCCAAAUGGAGGCAUGCGGGCAUAUGGUCUUGAUUUGUCCGGCAGAGAGUACACUCACCCCGGGCCGCGGCUCAUCGUUGACGACCUGGUACUUAUCUCCCCUCCAACCCGAAUGUGCACACAUGCGGGAACUUCUCCCUAUAGAGGUCGCCGAGUGCAUCAUCGACGCCUCGCGCACAUCCCCCCGUAGUCUGUCCGCAUGCAGCCUAGUCUGUCGGUCCUGGCUACCACGAACUCGAUACCACUUGUUCUCCUCACUCGACCUCUCGGCGGACUGGGCGCCGGAGCCGAACGCGGUGACGGAUUUCAUGGAGAUUCUUACCGGGACCUCUGCGGGCUCAGAUUCCUCAAGUGUGCCAUGCUGUGCUGCGACGGUGACACUGGUGCCGUACGUGACGUGCGUCGUACUGGCAAAACGCUCCUGGGGGAUGACACCGGUGCAGACCAUCCUGGCCGUCCUAGCCCGUGCGGGGAUACGACCGGAGAUCCUGCAGAUCAACUGCCCUGCCUAUGAGCUGCGCUCAUCGAGUCCCCAGAGCGUCGGCUUUGGUUUCCCAUUUGCGCCGUCUCUGGUGCAUCUUGCGCUACAGCUUCACAACGACACAUUCUUGGAUGCCCUGGUGGAUCACAUUUCCUCCUUCCCGAAGCUGCAGUCGUUGGAGAUUACUGGCUCUGCGCGGGUGACGGUCAGGGAGGACGCUUGGCCCAAGACGACAGCGUUGCCGCAGAAUCUUCGAAGACUUGUGCUUGCAUAUCCUGAAAUUUUGGAUUGGAUUGUCACCUCGGGAAGGAUCCGAUCCACAGUGGAUCAAAUGGUUAUUCGGGAUCUCGAGACUCCGCCCCAAUGGGCCUCUGUCAGUCGGUUCUUAGCUAGCGAGCAAGCGGAAGGGCUCAGUUUUCUGGAGUUUCAGAACUGCAACAUGGACCACCUCCACUCAGCAAUUGCUCCCUAUGUUCCCUCCUUGCAGCAUCUAAGCAUAGAACUGUCCCCUGCUGCACCCCCACUUUCUGCCUCCACCGCCCUGAUUCGCUUAUUUACCACUUUCCGGGGCAUGGCAAGCUCUUUGGAGAUUGUUACGCUCUUCGCGCCGACGCUGGCUGCCUUCGACGACACUGAAUGGGACCGAUUAGACUCGCUAUUCACGCAAUCUCAUUCCUUGAGUCUGCCACUGUCUCAGCCCUUCCCGGCGCUUUCCAGGCUUCGUUUGCGCGUGAGAGUACGCUCUCCGCGCACAAGAGACCUGGCAUACGACUACGGACUGCCAACGCCCUACGUUCAUCGUAUAUCUGCUCAAAUGGGAGCAUGGUCAAAGGGUGGUGUUGUUUUGGACUUCUAGAUUACUCUCAUUAGACUUUUUAUUGAUAUCUAUGCGCUUCUGCAUAUUAGAAUGUAUACUUGGCACUACUAGAGAUCUUAUUCCGAGUUGUGAGCAAGCGUUGGCUCAAGGACUCUGAAU